AUCCUUCAAUGUUAGUGAGAACAUCUUUAGAUUAAAAGUGUGUCUUGGUCAUCUCUUCCAAGACUAAUCUAAAUAUGGCAAUGAAAAGGAUAAUCGUCUUAUCCAUUUUAUUUACACAAUCAUUAUCUGCACCUAGUGGUUGCAUAGAAAGCUGUACUACUACUUAUCAAAAGGUCAAUUCUUAUAGAACUCAUCAAGUAUCUAGUAACCUUAAUGAUCAUGCAGAUUUAAUAACAGAUUCAAAUAUAAGAAACAUAAAUCAUUUGAAUCUUGAUUACAAUAGACCUGGUAAUUGGACAGAACAAAAUGAAUAUAGAACAGAUGGUGGUCAUGGUAAAGUUUAUGAAGAGCAAGGACAAUAUGUCGAAGGUUCAAAACGUGUAAGAUAUUUUAAAAAGAAUUAUACUUCCUCAUAUACUAAUACUCAUGUAAAUAAUCCAGAUUUAAUACAGUCAGAAAGAUUAAUCAAUCAAAACAGAUACAAUUCUAUGCAUAAUGCUGACAGUCAAAGAGUAUAUGAGCAAUCAAGAAAUUCAGAAUCAUACAGACAAGAACAUAGCUAUAAUAAAUUACAUAAUGAUCAGUUAGUAGAAUCGUACAGAGGAAAAGAAAGUCAUAAUGGAAGACUUGAGAAUCUUGGAGGAUUAGGCGAUAGUUUACAAGUGAGUCAACAUGGAAUGUCUGGUGGUGAUUCAGGAUUGUUGCAAGGUCAAAAUCCAUAUAUUGGAGCAAGACCUGGUAAUUGGUCUCAAGUUAAUACAUAUAGAACUGAUGGAGGGCAUGGACGUGUUUUUGAAGAAGAAGGACAAUAUGUUACUGGUCCAAAAACAAUUCGUUAUUACCAACAAAAUUAUACUUCUCAAUAUAGCACCAACCCUAAACAUGAGAUUACUUCAAAUAUACAUGAUCUGCAGAAUACAAUACAAAAAGUAAAUCAGGAAUUCAAAAAUUUAGAAACAGAACUCCAUCGAACAUCCCACUCCAAACAUGUGGCAUCAAGUAACACUUUGCAUACAGGUACCAUGAAUUUAAUUCAAGACAAUGUAACACCUACUUUUAAAAAUUAUGAUCUACAAGUUGCUGAAAGUGCUGAUUAUAGACAUAGAGGUCAAAACGAGUAUAUGCCUGCUAUUGGAACAAUAUAUAAUGUACCUCAAGAUCAAUUGCCAAAUAGACAAACUCAACUUACUGUUGAGGAUGCAUUAUACAGAAAUCAAGACAAUCUAUAUAAUAGAAAUAGACCAAAUAUUCAACAUCAAAGACAAGAAACAUAUAUUUCUCAAUCUCAUACAAAUGUUUUACCCAGUCCUAUUCAACCUCCAAUUAAUGAAAAUAGCAAUUAUCAAAGAUACAGAAAUAAUGAACAGAUUGGGCUACAACAAAGAGAGAAUUACCAAAGAGAACAUUUUGAUACACAUCAAUCACAAAUGAGACAAAAUUAUCAAUCUAUAGACAGUGUACAACAGAGUAGAUUGAAUGAAAACAUUGAUAAUUAUCCAUAUUCAAGAGGACAAAGAAUACAACAUCAACAAGGUUGGGAUGCUAUGGGACAAAGAAGCGAAAUUGUUAAUACUAAUCCAUAUGACAGAAAUCAAUAUUCUUCACAUCACAGAAGCAGGACAUACAACAUGGAAGUUGUUCGUACAGUAGGUAAUAAUUACAAUCCAGGCUAUACAGCAAAUGUACAAGAGGUAGCUACUGGCACACGUGGUAUUGAUCAAGGAAUGCAACAUGAAGAUUGUACUCAUGAAAUGCAGCACAGUGAGCAUAGAUAUAACAGAAAAUAUAAACGUAAUGCAGAUUAUCGUCGAUAUAAUCAUAUUCAGGAACAACAGCAAUAUGGGAGAAUUCCAAAAAAUCCAGAACAUUAUCAACCAGAAAAAUUGGCAUACAAUGACUAUGAACUGCAACAUCAAUCUUCACAACAACAAAAUCAAGAUUUAACUCAACAGAGUGAAGACUUGACACAACAAACAAGUGGAUUUGAUGAUUUAACACAACAAACUUCGGGACAUUUGGAAUUUGGACAACAGACACAGAAUCACAGAAAUCCCAGUAGUUUAAGUCAAAAAUACGAAGACUUGACUCAACAAAACGAAGAUUUAACUCAACAAACAGGUGGAUUUGAUGAUUUAACUCAACAAACAUCAGGACAUUUAGAAUUUGGGCAACAGACACAAAAUCAUAGGUAUCCCAAUAGUUUAAAUCAAAAAUACGAAGAUUUGACUCAACAAACGGAUGGAUUUGAUGAUUUAACUCAACAAACUUCAGGACACUUAGAAUUUGGACAACAUACACAACAGACACAGAAUCAUAGAAAUCGCAGUAGACAUAAUCAACGUAUCGAAGAUUUAACUCAACAGAGUGAUGAUUUAACUCAACAAACAGAUGGAUUUGAUGAUUUAACACAACAGACUUCGGGACAUUUGGAAUUUGGACAACAAACACAGAAUCGCAGAAAUCCCAGUAGUUCGAGUCAAAAAUAUGAAGAUUUGACUCAACAAGACGAAGAUUUAACUCAACAAACAGGUGGAUUUGAUGAUUUAACACAACAGACUUCGGGACAUUUAGAAUUUGGACAACACACACAACAGACACAGAAUCAUAGAAAUCGCAGUAGACAUAAUCAACAUAUUGAAAACUUAACUCAACAAAGUGAUGAUCUAACUCAACAAACAGGUGGAUUUGAUGAUUUAACACAACAGACUUCGGGACAUUUGGAAUUCGGACAACAGACACAGAAUCAUGGAAAUCGCAAUAGACAUAAUCAACGUAUCGAAGAUUUGACUCAACAAGACGAAGAUUUAACUCAACAAACAGGUGGAUUUGAUGAUUUAACACAACAGACUUCGGGACAUUUAGAAUUUGGACAACAUACACAACAGACACAGAAUCAUAGAAAUCGCAGUAGACAUAAUCAACAUAUUGAAGACUUAACUCAACAGAGUGAUGAUCUAACUCAACAAACAGGUGGAUUUGACGAUUUAUCACAACAGACUUCGGGACAUUUGGAAUUUGGCCAACAAACACAGAAUCGCAGAAAUCCCAGUAGUUUGAGUCAAAAAUAUGAAGAUUUGACUCAACAAGACGAAGAUUUAACUCAACAAACAGGUGGAUUUGAUGAUUUAACACAACAGACUUCGGGACAUUUAGAAUUUGGACAACAUACACAACAGACACAGAAUAAUAGAAAUCGCAGUAGACAUAAUCAACGUAUCGAAGAUUUAACUCAACAGAGUGAUGAUCUAACUCAACAAACAGGUGGAUUUGAUGAUUUAACUCAACAAACUUCGGGACAUUUAGAAUUUGGACAACAUACACAACAGACACAGAAUCAUAGAAAUCGCAGUAGACAUAAUCAACGUAUCGAAGACUUAACUCAACAGAGUGAUGAUCUAACUCAACAAACAGGUGGAUUUGAUGAUUUCACUCAACAAACUUCGGGACAUUUAGAAUUUGGACAACACACACAACAGACACAGAAUCAUAGAAAUCGCAGUAGACAUAAUCAACGUAUCGAAGAUUUAACUCAACAAAGUGAUGAUCUAACUCAACAAACAGGUGGAUUUGACGAUUUAACACAACAGACUUCGGGACAUUUGGAAUUUGGACAACAAACACAAGAUCACAGAAAUCCCAGUAGUUUAAGUCAAAGAUAUGAAGAUUUGACUCAGCAAACUUCAGGAAAUUUAGAAUUUGGACAACAUACACAACAAACACAGAAUCAUAGAAAUCGCAGUAGACAUAAUCAACGUAUCGAAGAUUUAACUCAACAGAGUGAUGAUUUAACUCAACAAACAGGUGGAUUUGAUGAUUUAACACAACAAACUUCAGGACAUUUAGAAUUCGGACAACAAACACAACAGGUACAGAAUUAUAGAAAUCCCAGUAGAUAUACUGAACAAAAUGAUGAUCCAACUCAACAAACAGGUGGUUUUGAUGAUUUAAUGCAACAUACUUCAGGACAUUUAGAAUUUGGACAGCAAACACAACAAUUACAGAACCAAAGAUAUUCUACCAACCAUAAUCAACAAUUUCCUGAUGAACAAUAUUUUCAUCCAAGUGUAUCUGGAACUGCAGAACAAUCAGAUAUGAAUGAGAAUAAACCUUUACAUUUACUGACACCAGCACCAAAACCAAAAUGGAAACCAAGAUAUACAACUUCUAUUCAGUUCACAACUGACAACAGUAAAGAUCCAAAUGUUGUGCAUAUUUAUCAUUCAAGUGAUGGUACUGGUCAAACUAUUUCAUAUCCAAAUCAAAUAUCAGAUAAUUCAAGAGCUAAUCAAGAAAUUGGAAAAAAUAAUGAAUUAUAUCCUAUAUAUCUGCAAUCUUCAAAUCAGCAAGAAGUGCCAAAACAGACAAAUAUUCAAACAGUCGAUGAAGAAGGAAAUCAGCAACAUCAGCAACAAAAUUCCCAUAAAAGAAUUGCAUUCACUAAAGGUGGGCAUAGAUUUAGACAUAUUUAUAGACAGUCAACACAAAGUCAAUAUCAAAAUAAUUAUGGAGAAUCUCAAUCUCAAUUAAAUCAAGAUCGUAAUCCAGAAGAAGUGUAUAAGAGAGAAAAUCAAAAUAAUAAUCAGCAGAAUGAGCCUUCUCAAAUUAAUAAUUCAGGUGGUAAAAUAGAACCACGUAUUUUGGAAGCAUAUGGUGGUGGCCCAUAUGAUGCUAAUCACAGUGAUGAUAUUUUUCAUCAUGUAACACAAAAUCCUAGCGCUACGUUACCUCCUUAUUCAGAUGGUAUAGAUUCAUGGGAUAUUAGAGAAAAACCAAGAGAAGUAAUCCCUUUAUCUACGACUACAACAGUAAUACCAGAAAUACCAGAAGUACCGGAAAUAACAGAAAAAGUUGAAACAGAAGCUCCACCAACAUUCUGGACAAGACUUGGUCAUAAAUUUACAAAUACUUUUGAUAAAGCAAAGGAAAAAGCUAGAGAUAUAUUUGGUUAAAUAUAAUUUUUAAACUUAAUUCAUUUUCAAUCUAUAUCUUAUAAAGAAUUAUAAUAUAUAUGAUUUAUUUACCACAAAUAAUAUAUUCAAUUGUAUAUAAGCUAAAAUAACAUUAAUAUUCAAUUUAUAAUAUUAUAAUUUAAUGCAUUUAAAAAAAUUAAUGUAACACAUAAAUUGUAUCAUAUGAUUUAGUAUUAUAAAACUUUAAAGCAUAAUGUAUUAAAAUAAAUACAAAAUUAUAAUGUGUUAAUACAUGCAGAUUGAUUUUUUAUAAUUUUAUAAUUAUAAACGAAUAUAUUAUCAUCAUAUAAUUAUUAAUAAUAAUCUAAGUAUAAGAUAGUUUAACUAUAUUUCAAACGGUGUCACAAACUUUUGAGACAAAAUAAAUAUUAAUAUUAUAUAUAAACGUUUACUUACUUCUGGAAGAUUCUUGAAAUAUCUAAUGAAACUGACUUGGGAAGGUGGAUCUGAAAUAUUUAGUUAUAUAUUAUUACAACAAAGGAGAGAGCAACUUAAGAACAAAGGUUAUUUACCCAUACUAAAUUGCUGAUUUGGUUGUACAGCCAUUAUUGAUAUAAAAAUAGUACGUUUAAUGUUCUCGAAAAAAAAUACAAUUAAUAGAAAAAUUAAAUAAUUGAAAAUAUAUACGUCUCACAAUUGACCGUAUUGUAUAAUUACAUUUACGCAUAUUAAGUUCGAGCAUGAACGAAGAUUUUUCACCUUCCCGCGAAAAGAUGAUACUCGUAACAGUAUAAAAAAAAAGUCUCUAAAAUGUAAAAAUAAAUUUCUCUAGACAAGCUUGUACACUAAACUACGUCAUAGUUUGACUAAUAUCAUAAUCAAAAUAUCGGUUAGAAUUUAAAUUAUAUAUCGCUCUUUACGAAUUUUAAAAUGUCAUGUUUAGGAUAAAAUAAGCAAGUGAACUCUCAAUAAUAAUAUAUUAUAAAAAAGUGAUCUCUUCUAAUCGAUAACCUUCUAUAUAACGUAUGCUGAAACAUGAUAACAGUGAAUCACGUGUAUUGCUAAUGCAGAAUAAUAAAGUUCUAUACAUUUGAUCUGUGAAAUAUAUCACAGCAAAUAAAUAUCAUUAUAUGACCA